AUGGCUCGGCCGCCGCCCCUCGGGGAGCUGCCCCCCAGCUACGCACCCCCAGAUCGAACUUCAGCUCCCCAGACCUUAGCUGGAAGCCUGAAGGCUCCUCUCUGGCUUCGUACUUACUUCCAGGGACUGCUCUUUUCUCUGGGCUGCGGGAUCCAGAGACACUCUGGCAAAGUGCUCUUCCUGGGACUGUUGGCCUUUGGGGCCCUGGCGCUGGGUCUCCGUGGGGCCAUCAUUGAGACAGACCUGGAGCAGCUCUGGGUAGAAGUGGGCAGCAGGGUGAGCCAGGAGCUGCACUACACCAAGGAGAAGCUGGGGGAGGAGGCUGCGUACACCUCCCAGAUGCUGAUACAGACUGCGCGCCAGGAGGGGGAGAAUGUCCUCACGCCAGAGGCGCUCGGCCUCCACCUCCAGGCAGCCCUCAUAGCCAGCAAAGUGCAAGUCUCACUCUAUGGAAAGUCCUGGGAUUUAAACAAAAUCUGCUACAAGUCAGGAAUUCCCCUCAUUGAAAAUGGAAUGAUUGAGCGAAUGAUCGAGAAGCUGUUUCCGUGCGUGAUCCUCACCCCCCUUGACUGCUUCUGGGAGGGAGCCAAGCUCCAAGGGGGCUCUGCCUACCUACCGGGCCACCCCGAUAUCCAGUGGACCAAUCUGGAUCCAGAGCAGCUGCUAGAGGAGCUGGGCCCCUUUGCCUCCCUUGAGAGCUUCCGGGAGCUGCUAGACAAGGCGCAGGUGGGCCAGGCCUAUGUGGGGCGGCCCUGCCUGCACCCUGAUGACCUCCACUGCCCACCUAGUGCCCCUAACCAUCACAGCAGGCAGGCUCCCAACGUGGCUCAGGAGCUGAGCGGGGGCUGCCACGGCUUCUCCCACAAGUUCAUGCGCUGGCAGGAGGAAUUGCUGCUGGGGGGCAUGGCCAGAGACCCCCAAGGACAGCUGCUGAGGGCAGAGGCCCUGCAGAGCACCUUCCUGCUGAUGAGUCCCCGCCAGCUGUAUGAGCACUUCCGGGGUGACUACCAGACGCACGACAUUGGCUGGAGCGAGGAGCAGGCCAGCACUGUGCUGCAGGCCUGGCAGCGGCGCUUUGUGCAGCUGGCUCAGGAGGCCCUGCCGGAGAACACGACCCAGCAGAUCCAUGCCUUCUCCUCCACCACCCUGGAUGACAUCUUGCAUGCCUUCUCUGAAGUCAGUGCUGCCCGUGUGGUGGGAGGCUAUCUGCUCAUGCUGGCGUAUGCCUGCGUGACAAUGCUGCGGUGGGACUGUGCCCAGUCCCAGGGUGCCGUGGGCCUGGCCGGGGUGCUGCUGGUGGCCCUGGCCGUGGCCUCAGGCCUCGGGCUCUGCGCGCUGCUCGGCCUUGCCUUCAAUGCUGCCACCACCCAGGUGCUACCCUUCUUGGCGCUGGGCAUCGGUGUGGAUGACAUAUUCCUGCUGGCACAUGCCUUCACGGAGGCUUCACCUGGCACCCCUCUCCAGGAGCGCACGGGCAAAUGUCUGCAACGCACGGGCACCAGCGUCACACUCACGUCUAUCAAUAACAUGGUUGCCUUCUUCAUGGCGGCCCUAGUGCCCAUCCCUGCAUUGCGGGCCUUCUCCCUGCAGGCAGCCAUAGUGGUUGGCUGCAACUUUGCAGCCGUGAUGCUUGUCUUCCCAGCCAUCCUCAGCCUGGACCUGCACCGGCGCCACUGCCAGCGCCUUGAUGUGCUCUGCUGCUUUCCUAGCCCCUGCUCUGCUCGAGUGAUUCAGAUUCUACCCCAGGAGCUGGGAGACAGGACAGUCCCAGUGGGCAUUGCCCACCUGACUGCCACGGUUCAAGCCUUUACCCACUGUGAUGCAAGCAGCCAGCAUAUGGUCACCAUCCUGCCUCCUCAAGCCCACCUGGCACCCCCACCUUCUGACCCACUGGGCUCUGAGCUCUUCAGCCCAGGAGGGUCCACACGGGACCUUCUAGGCCAGGAGGAGGGGACAAGGCAGAAGGUGGCCUGCAGGUCCCUGCCCUGUGCCCACUGGAAUCUUGCCCACUUCGCCCGCUAUCAGUUUGCACCCUUGCUGCUCCAAUUACACACCAAGGCCCUGGUGCUGGUGCUCUUUGGGGCUCUUCUGGGCCUGAGCCUCUACGGAGCAACCUUGGUGCAGGAUGGCCUGGCCCUGACCGAUGUGGUGCCUCGGGGCACCAAGGAACAUGCCUUCCUGAGCGCCCAGCUCAGGUACUUCUCCCUGUAUGAGGUGGCCCUGGUGACCCAGGGUGGCUUCGACUACGCCCACUCCCAACGCGCCCUCUUUGAUCUACACCAGCACUUCAGUUCCCUCAAGGCCGUGCUGCCCCCGCCAGCCACCCAGGCACCCCGCACCUGGCUGCACUAUUACCGCAACUGGCUAGAGGGAAUCCAGGCUGCGUUUGACCAGGACUGGGCUUCUGGGCGCAUUACCCGCCACUCCUACCGCAAUGGCUCAGAGGAUGGGGCCCUGGCCUACAAGCUACUCAUCCAGACCGGGGAUGCCCAAGAGCCCCUGGAUUUCAGCCAGCUGACCACAAGGAAGCUAGUGGACAAGGAGGGCCUGAUUCCCCCGGAGCUCUUCUACGUGGGGCUGACUGUGUGGGUUAGCAGUGACCCCCUGGGUCUGGCAGCCUCACAGGCCAACUUCUACCCGCCACCCCCUGAAUGGCUGCAUGACAAGUACGACACCACCGGGGAGAACUUUCGCAUCCCGGCGGCCCAGCCCCUGGAGUUUGCCCAGUUCCCCUUCCUGCUACGCGGCCUCCAGAAGACAGCAGACUUUGUGGAGGCCAUUGAGGGGGCCCGGGCAGCAUGCGCAGAGGCAAGCCGGGCUGGGGUGCGCGCCUACCCCAGCGGCUCCCCCUUCCUCUUCUGGGAGCAGUAUCUGGGCCUCCGGCGCUGCUUCCUGCUGGCCGUCUGCAUCCUGCUGGUGUGCACUUUCCUUGUCUGUGCCCUGCUGCUGCUCAACCCCUGGAUGGCUGGCCUCAUAGUGCUGGUGCUGGCCAUGAUGACUGUGGAGCUCUUUGGCAUCAUGGGUUUCCUGGGCAUCAAGCUGAGCGCCAUCCCCGUGGUGAUACUCGUGGCCUCUGUAGGCAUCGGCGUGGAGUUCACGGUCCACGUGGCCCUGGGCUUCCUGACCACCCAGGGGAGCCAAAACCUGCGGGCCGCCCGGGCCCUGGAGCACACGUUUGCCCCCGUGACCGAUGGGGCCGUCUCCACGUUGCUGGGUCUGCUCAUGCUUGCUGGCUCCAGCUUUGACUUCAUCGUAAGGUACUUCUUCGUGGUGCUGACGGUCCUCACACUCCUGGGCCUCCUCCAUGGGCUCGUGCUGCUGCCUGUGCUGCUGUCCAUCCUGGGUCCCCCGCCAGAGGUGGUACAGAUCUACAAGGAGAGCCCAGAGAUUCUGAGCCCCACAGCUCCACAAGGAGGGCUCAGGUGGGGCGCAUCUCCCACCCUGCCCCAGAGCUUUGCCAGAGUGACUACCUCCAUGACCGUGGCCCUGCACCCGCCCCCACUGCCUGGUGCCUACAUCCACCCAGCCUCGGAGGAGCCUGCUUGGUCCUCUGCUGCCACCCCAGCUGCCUAUGUCCCCGACAACCUCAGUUCUAGGGGACUGUGUACAGAUACUGAGUGA